CUUCUUAUUCCUUCACUUCAUUUCUAUACAUUUGAAGCAAAUCAUUUUGAUAUAUUUGGAUCUUAAUCAACAGCAAUAACGUCACUGAAAUCGACUGAUUCUUUGCCAGUUUUGGUAAACUGCGUUAUCACCACGAACUCUUCAUCAGUAGCUGCUAAAUAGUAUCAUGUCUAUACCAAUUGAGCUUGCUCACUUACAAAUCCCACUUGAAGAGAUACUAAAGGCCACCAACAAUUUUGCUGAUCAAAAUAUUAUUGGUCUAGGUGGAUUUGGACGAGUUUAUAAAGGAAAGCUAUUUUGGCAAGGCCAUUUGAUCAAGAUCGCUGCAAAGAGGUUAGAUCGGUCUAGAAGCGGAGGUGACAUUGAGUUCUGGACGGACAUUUCUACUCUUUAUAGUCUUAGGCAUAGAAAUGUGGUGUCGAUUGUUGGGUUUUGUGACGAGAAUCAUGAAAGGAUUAUUAUAAGCAAGUAUGAGAUCCAUGGAAGUCUGGAUAAAUAUCUAAAUGAAACAAGUACCUUGACAUGGAGUCAACGCUUGCGCAUAUGUGUUGAUGUUGCACAUGCAUUAAGCUACAUCCAUUAUGAUGAGAGGCGUGAUUUUAGUGUGAUACAUCGUAACAUCAAGAGCUCUAAAAUAUUACUGGAUGACAACUGGGAACCUAAGAUUACUGGAUUUAACCUUUCUUUGAAAGUUCCAGCAUCGCGAAGGAACCGUCUUCAUCUCAGUUCUCCUUGUGGUACACCGGGGUAUGUGGACCCAACAUAUUAUAAGACUGGAAGGGUGACACACAAGUCAGACUUGUACUCCUUUGGGCUGCUACUAUUUGAAGUCAUGUGCAAUAAGAGAACACGGAUCGCGGAUAUGGAUGAGGAUCAUAGACAUUUAGGUUCGAUAGCCAGAUCGCAUUAUGAAAAGGGAAAACUGGAUGAAAUCAUUGAUCCGGGUAUAAGGAAACAGAUGGACCGAGAGUCUCUAAACAACUUCUCAGAAACAGCAUAUCACUGUUUAAAGAUGCGACGAGCAGAACGCCCAAAUAUAGAUCAGAUUGUUUUAAGACUUCAAAAGGCGUUGGAGCUUCAGCUGAAAAGUGAAAAUCUUGAACACUCCACAGUUAACACUGAAGUUGAAGGGACAUCACCGGAUAGCCAGAAGUGGAAACAUUUAGAACACUUGAGGAUUGGACUUGAUGAUAUAAAGGCGGCCACCUGUAAUUUUGCUGAAACAUAUCGCAUUGGGUCAGGGGGAUAUGGUAUGGUGUAUAGAGCAGAACUUGAACAUUUUGAUAACGUCAAUUCUAUGGCAGUGGAAGGGAAUAUUAACUGUGAACUACCCAAGAAACGCAGUCUUGUGGCAAUAAAACGCAUCUUAAAUAGAGAAGACAAACAAGGAGAACAAGGGUUCAUAGCAGAAGUUGAAACACUUACUGGCUGUAAGCACCGCAACAUAAUCUCUCUUCUUGGUUUUUGUGACGAAAGUUCUGAGAUGAUCCUCAUCUAUGAGCAUGCUUUUAAUGGAAGCCUUGAUGACUACUUGGGCAACAUUGCUAACAUGACUAAUCUUAUAUGGGCGAAACGUCUACAGAUGUGCCUUGAUAUAGCACAAGGACUGAAUUACCUACACACAAAGGACGUACAGAGGAUAAUACACCGAGACAUAAAAAGCGAUAAUAUUCUGUUGGACCAUAACUGGGUAGCAAAGAUUGCUGACUUUGGGCUUUCCAAAUUUGGUCCAGGCUCUCAACAAGUUAGUUAUCUUGAGACUAAUGUUGCAGGUACAAAUGUUUACAUAGAUCCAGAAUAUAUGGUUACACGCAAGUUGAAAAUAGCAACAGAUAUUUACUCUUUUGGGGUGGUUUUAUUCGAGAUCUUGUCUGGGAAGCUGGCCUAUGAUCCAUUUUACAUACAGAAAAAUGAUAAGGGACUUGCACCUAUCGCACGACAACACUUCGUUAUGGGAACACUAAUGGAAAUGGUAGAUCCUAAGAUAAAGGAAGAAGUUGAUGAAAACACUUUUACCCUUACUAAAGGACCCAAUCAAGAUUCUCUGGACACUUUUUUUAAAAUCGCAUAUCAAUGUUUGGCUGAAACUCAAGCCCAACGUCCAACAAUGAAAACCGUCAUCAUGGAGCUUGAGAAGGCAUUAGACUUUCAGGAAAACCGCAAAGACAACCUCCAAAUAUCACUCCUAGACAUAAAAUUAGCCACACAAGACUUCAGCCCUAACAAAUUGAUUGGAAAAAGGGUAUUUGGAGAAGUAUACUUUGGAGAAAUCGAACAUGCUAAUGGGCGUACCUCUUUUGUUGCAAAGCGGCUAAAUAGACAUUUUGAUUUCCAAUUUUUUAUUGAACUUGAAAUUCUUUUCGAGUAUAAGCACCAGAAUAUCAUUGGUCUUGUAGGAUACGUUAACGAAGCCGGUGAGAAAAUCAUUCUUUACGAGCAUGACUUUGCACCAGAUGGGAGUCUUGAUAUGCAUGUGAAAGAUGUUAGUCUUACUUGGACAAAACGACUUAAGAUAGGCAUUGAUGUUGCUAAUGGGUUGAAUUUUCUCCAUGGAGGUGUUGUAACACAAGAUGUGGUGAUACAUAAGGAUAUCCAGAGUGGUAACAUUCUACUAAAUGGUAAAGGGAAAGCUCUAAUUGCAAACUUUGGGGUUGCCAUAAUAAUGCCAAAAAGUAAAGAGAUUGACUUUGUUGUCGAGAAUGCUUCCGGUUCAAUGGGUUACAUUGACCCCCUAUACUUGCAAAAAGGUUUCUUAUCUAGAGAAUCUGAUAUAUAUUCAUUUGGUAUCGUUUUAUUCGAGCUCUUGUGUGGGAGAAUGGCAUGUGUUCCGGGGUUCCCACCCAGCUAUCUAAGUUCUUUGGUUAUAAGCCACUACAAAGAAGGAAAACUUGAUGAACUGGUGUUUGAGGGACUAAGGGAACAAGUUGUACCAAAAUCACUGCUUACAUUUCAAAAAAUUGCCUACCAAUGCUUACACAAAAACAGAGAAGAACGGCCAACAGCAAAACAGGUUUCAGUACAACUUAAGAAAGCAUUGGAAUUCCAAGAGGAUCAUGAAAUAUGGGAGCCAAAACUACCUAGAGACUACUUAGAAAUAAUUCAGUUGUCAAAAACCCCUGACGUGUUUUACUCUGUUGAAAAGAAGAAAGAUCUUUAUGAUAUGCUCUCCAAAGGAAUCCUCAUUCAAGAUGGAAUAGUGUGGUUUUCUUUAAGCAAUAAUGGAGAUAAGAAUGAAAUGAUAUCAGCAAGAAUGUUUUCCUAUGAAAAUCCUACAUCCUUAAAGUGGAAAUCUUUAAAAAAUUCAAGGUUUCCAGUAGUGGUGAAGAUGAAGAACAUUUCAGACCUGCAGAUCAAAAUCAAUAUAAAACCUCAGUUUUUAUCUCCAAGUGUGAUUUAUGGUGCAUAUCUUAUAUUUAAGUUUUGUGAUCCACGAAAGUCUUCAAAUCAACCAGUAUAUGUGAACCUCAAGUUGAAAAUGGGGAGCAAAACCUUAUAUGCAUACUUCGCUAGAUGGAGAGAGGAUGGAUGGAUGAUGACAGAAUUGUGGCGAUUCUUGCAUUACAAAGAUAAUGCAGUAUUUGAGGUUAUUUUAGAGAGUUUUUCACGAUACUACUGCGGAAGUGGUGCAAUCUAUGUUGAAGGCAUCGAGUUUCGAGCCAUCCAUGAUUCAAGUUUGAAUCAAUUGACUGUUGAUUCUAGCAUAAGAACCAAACACGAACAGGGUGAAAAGUUUAUGACUUCAAAAACAGAUGAAAUCAGAUUGCAGACACUUUAUGUCUUCAAAAACAAACAACACCUAAGCAAACCAGAAGAAAAUAAGUCGCUCAUGUUUCCAGCUAGUAUGGUUUUAGAUGACUCUUUUAAUGUUCAGUCUAUCAACUGGAGAUCUCUUACCGAAUCCAGAUUUGUUGAUGUGGCUGAGCUUCUAUCUCACCAAGAGUUUCGGAUCAGAUGCAAGAUUGAAACUCAAAAGUUGUCACCAGAUACAGAUUAUGCAUGCCAUCUCAUAUUCAAGCUAUCCCAAAAAUGUCAUGGUCUGCAUUGUCCAGUAAAAGUACAGGAUGUACUCGUUAGGAAAAACAAAGAGAGCAAAUUUCUUUAUUUUAGGAUGCCUAGCCCAAUAAAUUUACACCCCACUAUAAGGGUUCCCAAACUGAGAGAAUAUGGAUUGAUGGAAGUUAUCCUGUGGGAAUUCAACUCAAGUAAGAAGCUCAUUGAUGAUCAUCGUCUUAUGCAUCUAAAGUUAAGAUGCUAUGAAGGAACUAUGUGUGGCCUUAUUGUAUGUGGUGUCGAUUUUCGACCAAUAUGAAAUGUCUAAGAAAAUAUUUGGUCAUUUUGUGUUCUUACUAAUCAUCUUUUUCUUUUUUUUUU